GUGGUAAUGCUGGCAUACGAAAAGCAAGGCAUCUUUUCCUCCUUUCCUUCCUUUCCUUCCGGCCAAUUUAGAAUACCACACCGACAACUCAGCUAAUAGACAUGGCUCCAUCACUAUCUGGGGAGGCGCUGCCGUCUUACGAUGAGAUUUCAAAACCAGCUUUGGCCUAUAGAUUAGCACCUCCGCCUUAUACAGCUGCCGCUCGCGAUGACGACGAGGUGCUGGGGUUCAAUGGACUGGGAUACGAUGAAUUAACAUUGAGUGCUGGAGAACAAACAGUGUAUAAGACUCGUAUGCUGUUGACCAUGAUAGCCAUCGUCAUGACCACAGGACUAAUGGUUACACUUGGAGUUCUAUUAUUCCCUGCUUCGGGUGGCAAGCCGCAGCAACAAAUUUGCUGGAAUCCAUGUUCUAAUCGAUCAGAAACCAUCAACACGAGUAAUUGUUGUGCAGGAUUUUUCUGUAGCCCCUCUUGUUAGCACCAUCAUCAUUCCAACGCUAGUUUUACCAUUGCAUAUGAAAAUGACCACGGGGAUUUCGCCGUGACCAAAUAAUUUAUAGCACUAAAAGUCUACUAAAUUAUAAUCACUACUAUAAAGGUCCUUUUCAUAGGUGUAUCAUAAUUACUCAUUCAAAGCAACAUGUACAUUGCUGUAGGCUAUCAAUCAUAAUAAAAUAUGGAGCCUUUUCUUUCAAAG